GAUCCAGCUCCAGAGUUCUGUCCACGGUACUGAUCCAGCUCAACAGCUCUGUCCAUGGUACUGAUCCAGCUCAACAGCUCUGUCCAUGGUACUGAUCCAGCUGCACAACUCUGUCCAUGGUACUGAUCCACAGGUUUAUUAACUGGAAGUCCCAGCAAGAAGCUGGGAUCUGGGGAGAAGAAGCCCCAUUUAUGUCAUGAGAUUACAAACUAUACUUUGAUGGGGCUUAUUGUCUUGGACAUGAUUGUCUGUCUGCUGUGAGACGAAGUAUCUGCAACAUCUUAGCAUCCCUGACCUGAAAACUCCCAGUCUGUGGAGUGGAGUGGAGCAGAGCACACGCGUGGGUGAUCAUGACACUGGUGGAGGGAGCACUUUGAGCAGCAUCGCCUGGAAUUCUUUCUGUCCUGAUGCCGUUUAGUGCUUUUUACUGAAAUCCUGGGAUCUUACCCCAGAAUGAGAAUUCGCGAUCCUGCAGAUCCUUCUCUAUAACCAGGAAAUCUUAAGAUUCGUUGAAGCAAUAAAAAUGGAUUCAAUAAAACAAAGGGUUCUGGAGCCUGGGAAGGAAAGGGUGAAGGAUCUGGCAGGGAAGUCUUUGGGUCACCUGUACAGGGUUUUAGAGAAAAAGCCAAAGGCUGGGGAAAAUAUUGAGCUAACGGAAGAUGGAAAACCCCUGGAAGUGGCCGCCAAGAAGAAGCCUUUAUGCGACUGCACUUGCUUUGGGCUCCCACGGAGAUAUAUCAUCGCCAUCAUGAGUGGGCUUGGGUUCUGUAUAUCUUUUGGGAUUCGCUGUAAUCUGGGAGUGGCGAUAGUGGAUAUGGUGAAUAAUAGCACCACUCAUCAUGGUGGAAAAAUAAUCAAAGAGAAAGCAAAAUUUAAUUGGGACCCAGAGAUUGUUGGAAUGAUCCACGGCUCCUUCUUUUGGGGGUAUAUAGUGACCCAAAUCCCAGGUGGAUACAUUUCAUCCAGAUUAGCGGCCAACAGGGUGUUCGGCGCAGCUAUUCUUCUCACGUCCACUCUGAACAUGCUCAUACCGUCAGCCGCACGCGUCCACUAUGGAUUCGUCAUCUUUGUCAGGAUUCUGCAAGGUCUUGUGGAGGGAGUCACAUAUCCUGCGUGCCACGGCAUAUGGAGCAAGUGGGCUCCCCCGUUAGAAAGGAGCAGGCUGGUGACCACCUCGUUUUGUGGUUCCUACGCGGGCGCUGUGAUCGCUAUGCCCCUCGCUGGGAUUUUAGUGCAAUACACAGGCUGGUCCUCCGUGUUUUAUGUUUAUGGCAGCUUUGGUAUAGUAUGGUACUUCUUCUGGAUUCUGGUAUCCUAUGAAAGUCCAGCAAAGCACCCGACCAUUUCAGAUGAAGAACGCACGUACAUAGAGGAAAGCAUCGGCGAGAGUGCUAACCUCAUGGGUGCGCUGGAGAAAUUCAAGACUCCAUGGAGAAGGUUCUUUACCUCAAUGCCCGUCUAUGCAAUUAUUGUGGCAAAUUUCUGCCGGAGCUGGACCUUUUACCUGCUGCUUAUCAGCCAACCGGCGUACUUUGAGGAGGUCUUCGGGUUUGAGAUCAGUAAGGUAGGGAUGUUGUCUGCCGUUCCCCACCUGGUCAUGACAAUUAUUGUUCCCAUUGGAGGGCAAAUUGCGGAUUUUCUGCGCAGUAAACAGAUUCUGUCCACAACAACUGUGCGCAAAAUCAUGAACUGCGGUGGUUUCGGCAUGGAGGCCACGCUGCUCCUGGUCGUCGGCUAUUCCCACAGCAGGGGAGUUGCCAUAUCAUUCCUGGUCCUUGCUGUGGGAUUCAGUGGAUUUGCCAUUUCUGGGUUCAACGUCAAUCACCUUGACAUAGCGCCCCGCUAUGCCAGUAUCCUGAUGGGAAUCUCCAAUGGUGUUGGCACCUUGUCAGGGAUGGUUUGUCCUCUUAUUGUUGGUGCAAUGACAAAAAACAAAACGCGUGAAGAAUGGCAGUACGUCUUCCUGAUCGCAGCUCUGGUCCACUAUGGAGGUGUUAUAUUCUAUGGGCUAUUUGCGUCUGGUGAGAAGCAGCCUUGGGCAGACCCUGAACAAACCAGUGACGAGAAGUGCGGCUUCAUCGAUGAAGAUGAACUCGCUGAAGAAACAGGCGAUAUUAGUCAAAAUUGCAUUAAUUAUGGAACCACAAAGUCGUACGGUGCCACCACACACGUUAAUAGUGGAUGGCCCAAUGGCUGGGAGAAAAGAGAAGAGUUUGUACAAGAGGAAGGACACGAAUCAUACCAUUACACGCAUGAUGGAAACUGUUCUUAACAUCGCUCCACAAAAUUAGUCUUUUUGUAGCGUCUGUGAUGAAUCUCAUUGUGGUUUUGCACAAAUGUGGUGACGUGUCACGUACAUUAAAUGGAGAUCUUGUCUGAAAAACGUCACCACAACAUCUGUACAAGUUGUGAGAUAUCAUGUCCUCCAUCAAUGACAUCUUCAUUCAAGUAUCCAUUAUCUUUGGGUCUACAAGGCAUUAGUUUGGGAGAUAUUUAGUUAUGUAUAUUGCCUAGUGGUAAAAGCACAAUAAAAAAUAGCACAUCCAAUGGUACUUUGGACGGUCCCAGAUAACUUGUUAAAAGUAAUUGCAAAUCACCAUUUUCUGCAGAUAAACUGAUCGUUGCAUUAGGCUCUGGAUUGCACGGAGCACAAAUCAAUUUCAAUAACCAAACUUCUUUCUACAGUAGCUGUCAGCUGCCAUUGUGAAAUAUGAGUAUUUUUCAGAUGUAACAAUUUUAGAAUUAUUGCAGAUUUUCACAGCUGGAAUCUGAAGAAAAGCCUGCUUUUAAAGUAAUAUUCAUAUGCAACUUGUUUUUAAUCCCAAUAACUCAGCUUGAGCGACACAUGCGCGAAUCCAUACACUAAGCGGCCUGCAUUCGUGGUGCAUCGCUGGUAGGAUGAGGACAUAAGUAGUGUGGAAAUAGAAAACACUGAAUAUUAGGGCAUCAUUCCAUGCAAAAAAGACAAUAAUUCAAGCCAGAUGCAGACUGGAUAUAAGAGAGCACUCAGGGUUCUGACAGGCCGGUCCAAAAAAUGUAUCAGAGAUGAUAUCCUCAUUACAUACAAUAAUUCACAGAAUCCUCAAACUACUAACGAUACUCAAUCCACCUGCAUUACUGUUACCGGGACCUUCAGAAUAAGUCAUAAAACUUUGAACUAAAUUAACAAAAAUCAAA